AUGGGUCCUGAAUCGCCCUGCAAACAGGAGUCUUCAGAUGAAGAUUUUGUUGAAGAAGACGAAGAAGAAGAGGAGGAAGAGGAAGAAGACUCCAGUGAAGAAUCCACGGAUGAAGAGCAUGAUCAAGAAUCAAACAAAUGCUGUGUUGUCAAAGAAGAAGAAGAAGAGGAGGAUGGGCUUUCACAGAAGCCAAGAUCCUGCGGCGUCAUUUUCGAUGCCACACAGGAGAACGCCCGUAUGAAUGCAGUGAGUGUGCAAAGUGCUUCUCUCGCUCAGAAGGACUCCGAAGACAUAUGA